AUGCACAGAUCGGCGGGGGUCGCGAUGGCGUGGAACGUCUUCCGGUUCUGCACGGCGCUCCGGGGCCUGGGCUCCAUCAUGAUCCUACUCGUCCUCGCCAUCGUCGGCGUCACCUACUACGCCGUCGUCCUCUGCAACUACGGCCCCGCCCUCCUCCUCGGCGGCGGCGCCACCCUCGCCGCGCUCGCCGUGCUGCUCCUCUUCCACUUCCUGCUUGCUAUGCUGUUAUGGAGCUACUUCUCUGUUGUCUUCACCGACCCUGGUUCUGUUCCGCCAAAUUGGAACCUUGAUUUUGACGAGGAAAGGGGAGAAACUGCUCCGCUCUCUAGCUCAGACUUCAAUAGCCAAAUGAACCCACAGCAGUCUAUGGCUCUCGGUGAUACGGGAAAUCCGAGGAUGAGGUACUGUAGGAAGUGCAACCAACUGAAGCCCCCUCGGUGCCAUCAUUGCUCUGUCUGUGGAAGGUGUAUCCUUAAGAUGGACCAUCACUGUGUAUGGGUUGUUAAUUGUGUUGGGGCGCUGAACUAUAAAUACUUUCUUCUCUUCCUGUUUUACACCUUCCUUGAGACAUCGCUUGUUACCCUCUCUUUAUUGCCUCACUUCAUAGCCUUCUUCAGUGAUGUCGAGAUCCCAGGAACUCCUUCAGCACUUGCAACCACAUUUCUCACAUUUGUGUUGAAUCUGGCCUUUUCCUUGAGCGUUCUGGGUUUUAUGAUAAUGCACAUUUCACUUGUUUCUGGUAAUACAACAACGAUUGAGGCAUAUGAGAAGAAAACUAGUCCACGUUGGAUGUAUGAUCUUGGCCGGAAGAAGAAUUUUGCUCAGGUCUUCGGAAACGACAAAAAGUAUUGGUUCAUUCCGGCAUACUCAGAAGAGGACCUUCGAAGGAUGCCCGCUCUGCAGGGCCUCGACUAUCCUGUCAGGACAGACUUGGAUGGGCAAGAGUUGUAA